AGCACUUCACUGCAGCACCAAACAACAGGAUGUUCAGUUAGCCAGUUUGUUACUGUAGCUUUCACCUAACCGCGUCGGGAAGUUGCAAUAUUUACUAUUGACUGCUAUAUCUGGAGGGAACAAUGCGGGGUGACGGAUGUUUACAAGUGAACGUUACCGUGUCAGGAUCCCUCCUUUGUGAAUUUUGAGCGCCGGGCAGUCACCGAAGCUAGUUAGCUUAGCUUUGCUAACGUUAUCGAGGCCAGAGGCUGUAACGUCUCUGUUAAGUUAACGUGGAUGUUUGGCAGCGAGCUGAACUGGUACCAGAACAGGGACGCGACGUUCAUUGGAUUAACAGCGAGUGUUAACCAACAGCUGCAGGUCGGGGCAUGUAAUUUAACUUGAGGAGCACGGAUACAGGUGUUAAAGGUACAGGUGGAGGCUGGUUUUGAUGGUUUAGCUUAGCAGAAGAUUAGCCGAAAAGAAAAGUGCAGCAGUCAUGGACGAUUUUAGCUCGAUCAGCCUACUGUCUCUUGCGAUGUUGGUGGGAUGUUACGUGGCCGGGACUAUUCCUCUAGCAGUCAACUUCUCAGAGGAGAAGCUGAAGCUGAUCACUGUGCUGGGAGCAGGGCUGCUGUGUGGGACUGCACUGGCUGUCAUCAUUCCUGAGGGGGUUCAUGCACUUUAUGAGGAAAUCCUUGAAGGUGGACACCACAGCCACGGCCAGGCCGGAGUCGUGGAAGUGUCCGAGGCGAAGGGCGAAGCAGACGCGGCCCUGAGUGCCAGCGGCAAACACGAGCACAGUCACGAGCAGCUCCACGCCUGCAUCGGAGUGUCUCUGGUCCUUGGCUUUGUCUUCAUGCUGCUGGUGGAUCAGAUAGGCAGCUCUCACGUGCACAGCACUGAAGAUCCAGAGUCAGCGAGGGUCACCUCCUCGAAGAUCACCACCACCCUGGGUCUUGUGGUCCACGCUGCUGCUGAUGGCGUGGCGCUGGGAGCUGCUGCCUCCACCUCUCAGACCAGCGUUCAGCUCAUCGUCUUUGUAGCUAUCAUGCUUCAUAAGGCUCCAGCAGCGUUCGGCCUGGUAUCAUUCCUGAUGCAUGCUGGUCUCGAGAGGAACCGCAUCCGCAAACAUCUCCUGGUCUUUGCCCUGGCAGCGCCCGUCCUCGCCAUGCUCACCUUUUUAGGCCUCAGUCAGAGCAGCAAAGAGGCCCUGUCAGACAUCAACGCCACCGGCGUCGCUAUGCUCUUCUCUGCCGGCACCUUCCUCUACGUGGCCACCGUCCAUGUCCUCCCUGAGGUCGGGGGUGGCGGCCACAGCCACGCUCCUACAGGAGGGAACGGAGGGAAAGGACUGAGCAAGGUGGAGGUGGUAGCUCUGGUCCUGGGCUGCCUCAUUCCUCUGGUGCUGUCGGUCGGUCACCACCAUUAGACUCCAGUACAGAUUUAAGACAGGUGUACAGGGCGAAAACACGGAGACAGAGACUUCAAACAUUGUGGAUCUAAAAUGUCUUAUUGCUUGUUGUCUGCUGAUGGACCUCAGGGACCAGACUGGUGCUCGAUGCGGGGAAGUCAUGUGACUCCAAACUGAGCUUGAAACAGAGAAUGAAUGAUGUUAGUGAAAUCAGAGUUGCUACCAUGACGACCGAGGAACAUGAGAAUGUUUUUCCUGAUACAGCCGCUGUAUGUGUCCGUUUAUUCCACCAGAAAUCUUUUUAUAAGAGAGAGCAGAAGUGUGGACCCUUUAGUUUACUGCGACCACCGUGGAGUUUUCAGUGUUUCAUUAUCGUGCUCGUCCGAAGUCAAAGACCCAACUCUAAUAUCAUUACAGUGAUGUUUUACUAGAUGGCAGUUGCGCAGUGAGAUUUGAUGAAGCCCGUGAUAUCAAGAAAGCAAACUCUCUUUUUUAUACCUGUACAGAGUGUAAAUCUCUUAGCAACAAUCCCGAUUAAUUUGAGCUGAUUUUUCAAGUGCCAUAUUAGCAAGUUGAACCCCGAGGAGACGACGCCGUGAGGACAGUACAGUUUAAAGUAAAUGUUCCUGACUUAUUUUCUUACCAACAGAGAGCUUUUUUUUUUGCAGCUAAUGACGAAGCAGGACGAGCUCAGCCUGAAUAACCAGUCAGAUGCUCGUAUGAAAUCCUUGCUCUGGCUCGCGAGUGUAGAAAAAUCAGCUGUAACAAGCAGUUUCAGUGCUCUGAUGGGAAGCCUGUCUCUGUCGGAUACUGAUGGUGUGUCACAAACUUAAAUGCUCAAACCCGAGUCCUGCGCAAGGAGAAGACACAGCCAGCCUUGAUGUAACACAACAUGAACUGCCACUUUUAUUUUAUGUUUAGUUUCUGGACAUGUUUAUUUUGAAGUAAUUAUAAAUAGAUGUCGGAGGAAACAAUCUUUAUAGAGUCGUCUUAAGUGAUUGUAUAGAGUGUUAUUAAGUUUAUUUGGAGGUGGAGGUCUGAGUGAAUGAUUUGCCUCGCAGAAGGCAUUAACUGGAGAAAACGUUUCGGGACCAUCGGCUCAGGAGAGCAGACAUACAACAGAUCCUGCGAGGAGAAUUUAGAACAAAACCCUUUUUUUAUUUAGUUGGUUUACUCCUCAUUAGUUUAACACACCUGAGCAAUAAUGAUAUACGUGAAAUUGGGGCACUUCCUUCGCAGAAGUGCAGCAGAGUCUGAAAUGGCUACAGAGGGUUUGUCUUCAUCUUCAAAGCACUUGAACGCAGCCCUGCCCUGCUCUGACAUCCCCCCGUCUCUGCCUCAGUACCAUUAAAACAGUGAUGCGUUAAGAUGUAAGUAGGCUGCUCCCUCUUCGAUCAGGACAGGUGGAUAUUGUGAGUGUAUCACUGUGCCUGCUCACAGCAGAGCUCAUGUAUAUGUCUGUAAGUAUGUACUGUACAGAGUAACUUCUUCCUUUCCACAGUCAUCAUGAUCUCUUGUGUGAGGUGGAACUGCUUACUCACAAAUACCUUUUUUUAUUCUUGAUUUUUUUUUUGGACAUGGAUAAGCUGUUCCGACUCGGGAGGCCACAGACUGUCUGAGGAGUCUCUGUUUUAUGUAUAAAUUGAACGGUUUUCCAUCUCGUCAAUUAAGAAGGAGAGGAGGAGGAGGAGAAACCCGCUGUGAUGUUUUAGAGCGAUGUGAGUGGGUCGCAUGCAGACCAGCAGCUGCAUGACUGUUUUAUUUUUUAUGGGGACGGUGUAUGUGUGUUCAAAAAGGGAAACCCCCCUCACUGUGUCGCUUUACACUCGGGCUUGUUGGAGGACGGAGCCCCAUCAUGUGCCGUCUCAUCAAAAUCCCUGCAGAAAUUUGGCCUUUACGUGUUUCUCAUCCAAAAAUAUUUAAUGAAAUUAGCUCACUGGUGUGUGUGUAACGGGCAGCAGCUUAUGAUUGAUUUAAAUAUCUGUUCAUCUGUUGAUUAUUUUCUUGUUGAAAGGUUCUGUAUGUGACGUUCAGAGCAUUAAUACAGCAGCAAACCACUAUUUGCUAUGUAAAGAUAUAGUGGAGUAAUGGCGUCCAGAGCGGAGUCAGGAGUCAGGCUCCGUCUGUGUGUGUUGUCUGUGGUUUGUUGAGGGAAGCCAGUGUGGCUGCACUUGCAUGUUAGUGCAUGUGUGUGUCCCACUGGCUUUGCACUGCAUUCAUAUGGUGGUUACAGCUGACACACAGCUCGUUCCCUCAUGUUGAGACCUGAGUGCAGACAACUCAUAUGCUCUGAAUUUCACACACAGCUCCUUUAAUCACUUGGUUUAAAGAUGUCCAUCAAAAGUCCGAGGUGACAUCCUCAGAUAUCUUGCUUUGUUCAACCAACGAUUCAAAAAACCCAAAUAUAUCAAGUUGACUGUCAUAGAAGAUGAAGAAGCCCAGUGAAUGAUCACAUGUGAGAUGAUGGAGCUUGUGACUUUUUGCCAACGAUUAAUUGAUUUUUAAAAAUUGUUGCAGAUACAUUUUCUGUGGAUUGAUUAUUCGCUGCUGCUCUAUCUGUGUGUGUUAUGUUCAUGAUUUACCAAGCUGCAUGUAUUUGGGAAUGUGUCAGCUUUAAAGCCCUUGAAAACAUAGGUUGAAAUCUUGGUUAUAUCUCCAUAAGAUUACAUUUCCAUGACUAAAUAUUAAACAAUCAAAGUUAGAGUUUGAAUAAGAGCCAUCCUUGACUGUUAUUUAUAAACAGCGUAACAACCAGAGCUUUUCUAACUUUGGCAGAAAACAUUGUGCUCAUGUUGGAGGCCAUCAUUUAUCAUAAAAAAGCUGACUGAGAAAUGAAGUGUUCGGGACCUUUAAAGCUCAUUCAUGUUGGUCACAUUAAUUAUUUUAGGGAGGAGGAUGAAGGAACAACUUGUUAACUAGUUACAAAAGUUUAUAGAUAAUAUGAAUUAAAAUCAAAAUGUAGUUUGUAGGCUGCAACAAACAGUUAUGUUCAUUAUCAAUUGAUCUGCCGAUUAUUUUCUGGAUUCAUCGUCUUGUUGAUGCAGUGUCAGAAAGUAGUGAAAAACACCACGUGGAAUUCCCCAGAACUCAACGUGAAAUCGAUAAAUGAUUUGUUAUAUCUGAGCAACAGUCAAAAAAAUACAAAGCUGUUCAGUUUAUUAUCAUGUAAGACAAAGAAAAGCAUCAGAUUCUCACAUUUACGCAGCAUGAAACCAGCAAAAUUGACAAUUUCUAUCUAUUGAUUAAUCGACAAAUCAUCACAGCUCUGUUGGUUACUGUAUUAUUCCUCCUCUCCAUGCUAACAGUGAGAAGUGCCGUUGUCUACAGUGUGAUUCCAGUGUAAAUAAGGGGGAUUUUUAAAGUUUAGCCAAAGAGUUACACAUAGCACACAUUGCAAACUCUCUUCUUGUGUUAUUAUGUUGCCUUCAAACGAUUAAAACUGUACUUGAUUUGUGUAACUCUGACUGAAGCCUCGCAUAAGCUUUGGCUGAACUUUUGGAUUUGUUUAUAAAGCUGUAGAUUUUGUCCCUGAUCUGUUACAUUGGAAUAUCAUUGGGAAGGCAUGUUGUCAUGGGCAGUGUGGACAGGAGGAAUGAGUACAGCGAGCAAAGUAUACAUAUGGGUACAUGACUGUUAUUUUCCAAAGGUAAACUCUGCAGGAUUUUCCUUAAAAACAAUGUAUAGUCACAUACAGAAUAUAAUAAUAUCAGCAUGUCAUCAGUAUUGGGUGAUACCGGCUUUAGAGUGAGCUAUUAGUGUUGUAUUUCAUGUCUCCAUCUGCUGGUGGGCCGUCAUGAUAAGAGUAUGUAUGUAUAAUAUGUUCAGUCCACUACAGAAGAGACUUGAUGAUCACUAAAAUUACGAGGGAAAAAAUAAUAUAUCAAUAUCAGUUAGUGUAGCAGUGUGUUUUUCUGCAGAGACUCUGCUUUCUUUUCUAUGUUUGGGAUGUUUAUGAACGUGCACCCCCACAGCGCUCAGGUGAGGUUGGGGUGUCAUUAAAAGGCAGCGACCAGGUGUCAGACAAUAAGCAGCAGGCGUCCAAGAGACCCAGCAAAAGAAAAAACGGAUAUAAUGAGGCGACAUUUUAAAUGAUAGUGAAACUGGGGUCGACUUUUACUUUCACUGGUGAGCAUUUUAACAAACAGGAAGUGAGAAUCCUGCAGAGUUUACCUUUACAACUAUCCCUUAAAACUAACUGUAUAAUCUGAAAAUGUAUCGCCACAAACCUAGAAGCAAGCUGUUGAGAUGCAUGGUUUUCACAGGGCUGCAGCAGGGUUAUAAGGUUUAUUCUACAGUUCGUAAUGUUCAUGUUAAGUCUGAACCUUAUGCACGUCUCUUGUGUUAACUGAUGUUUGCUGCUUCUUUUUCAAUUGAAUUAAUGUGAAGCUUCAUUGUUGCAUCAUGAACAAUCUUCUGAAGCUUUUAUUUUUUGUUUGAUCAUCAUCAAGUCUGUGGUGUUCGUCUGAUCAUGUUAAAAUGCAGUAAGCUCUGUUAUAUUUAAUCACAUGUUGAGACUGUCUGCACUUUACACACAUGCAUAAAAAUUAAGAAAAUUAAAUUCUAGCAACCAUUAAAGCUGCCAGAUCUCUGCAGGAGGAGGUGUCGGCACACGUUGGAGCUGAGCGGAGGUUUCAGUUUGGGUCGGAAGAGUUUUAGGAUCAAGUUAAUAUUUGUCAUAGUUUCAGUGGGGGUCUUUUUUUCUUGUUUUUGUUUUCUGUCAUUCCAGAAUGAGUCUGCCUUAUUUCCACACUUUUGAUUGUGAAAAUCGGUUGUAAAGCGAUGUGUUUUAUGACGACUAAAUUAAAGUUUUUUAACUGGUGAAAA